AUGUAUUUCAAAGCAUUCUUCGUUGUCUUCGUUGUUGCCCGGCUUCAUAUUAAUGCAGUGUUUCAGUUUCUUUCAACAUCAACUCCCAAAAUCACAUCCUGUCAGUGUCAGAGCCACUGCCAUCACCCCAAACCCGUUAAAACCUGUCGGUGUUUAAGGCCGUCAACUUCUGCAUAUGUUUGUGUCAAGCCUUCAACCCAAAGUUACAUGCCGACUCGCGCUGGGGGACGAAAAUUGCUCCCAGCGUUGCCUGCAGGGAUAGACAUUUCAUUAGGCAUUAGUAACUUUUUUUUUCUGCUAAAAUCGCAUUCACUCGACGUUUCAAUGUUGACUGAUUAUUUAAGGUGUUUUUUUCUUCUUUUCAACGAAGACUUUCUUUCUUACUUGAUCAUGUAUGCUUUCUCUCAUCUUCUUCUUUGCUUUCACUUUUUACAUGAGACUUGGUUUAAUCUUUCUUUUUCACGACAUUUCACUUCCUUUUUUUCUUUUCAUACUUGA